CCGGGUACUUCUGACUGUACACGUAACUCCAGCCAAAGCCUCCGAUUAGCUGCUUACAUCAGACACUUUAGGGGUUGUUUUUUUCAAUUUCUGCUCCCGGUGUGUUCACCCAGAGACAAAAUGAUGACAGAAUACGAAAGAAUAUCGACGUUUUGGGGGUUUAAAACGAGCGUAAACAGCGUUUAACCGUCGGGAAGAAAGCACGUUACGGAAACGUGACAUGGCAGCGCUUGUAUAACGGUCGAUCCCAGCCAAUCACAGCGCUCCAUUUGUUCCUGUGUAUCCCUGUGGGCGGAGAUGUUGAUGAUACACACAGAGGACGGCUUCCUCGUUAGCUGAGAGCGUCAGGUCAGCGAUAGACUUUAAUCACAAAUUUUAACAUCAUUUCAGAGUCAGUGGUUUGUUUGUUUUUUGUUUUUAACUUGAACUGGACUAGAAUCAGUUGUGGGGAAACUACCGGAAAUAUCGGCGCGCUUCAACUUUUUGCAAGCUAGCUUCACUGACACCUCGUGAGACAGCUCACGAAGCUAAAAACAAUCUUAUCGUCGCAGUUUUCUUCUGAUUUCAUCAAUCACAUGUGUUCACUUAGUCGUUGCUACUAAUCGAGGCAGGAGUUGUCCUGUUUUUUUCUUUUGCUGCGUCUGUCUCGGUCACUUGCUCUCCACACAUGCAACCACCGACGGUCAGGAGACUCAACUCUGUGGAUAAAUCCAUGGAGCAAGGUUAAAGCUAGCUAACACACCGCUACUGGACAAGCUACAACAAUAACAACAACAACAACCACCGAACAACAGAGGAGGACAUCUUUGUUGUUGUUGGGUUUUUUUAUUUGGACACCACCUCCUCUCUUUCUAACCUCCAGAAGGCGGGUAACAUGGUGGUCAACACCGUCCACUGGUUCAGGAAGGGACUGCGGCUGCACGACAACCCGUCCCUGAGGGAGUCCAUCCGGGGGGCGGACAGCCUGCGAUGCAUCUACAUCCUGGACCCCUGGUUCGCAGGGUCCUCCAAUGUGGGCAUUAACAGGUGGAGGUUUUUGUUGCAGUGUUUAGAGGACUUGGAUGCCAGCCUGCGCAAACUCAACUCCCGCUUGUUCGUCAUCAGAGGCCAGCCCACAGAUGUCUUCCCUCGUCUUUUUAAGGAAUGGCAGAUCAAUCGCUUAUCUUAUGAAUACGACUCUGAGCCGUUCGGCAAGGAACGUGAUGCUGCCAUUCAAAAACUAGCCUGCGAGGCCGGGGUAGAGGUCAUGGUGCGGACUUCACACACCCUCUACGAUCUGUCCAGGAUCAUAGAACUCAAUGAUGGUCACCCUCCUCUUACGUACAAGCGCUUCCAGGGUCUCAUCGACCGCAUGGAUGCGGUGGAGCUCCCUGCAGAGACGGUCACACUCGAGGUUAUCAGAAAAUGUGACACACCCAUCAGCGACGACCAUGAUGACAAGUUUGGGGUCCCAUCCCUGGAGGAGCUUGGUUUUGACACAGAUGGUCUGACCACAGCAGUAUGGCCAGGUGGAGAAACAGAAGCCCUCAUGAGGCUGGAGAGGCAUCUGGAGAGAAAGGCGUGGGUGGCAAACUUUGAGCGUCCACGAAUGAACGCCAACUCCCUAUUGGCCAGUCCCACAGGCCUCAGUCCCUACCUGCGCUUCGGGUGUCUCUCCUGUCGCCUCUUCUACUUCAAACUCACUGACCUGUACAGGAAGGUCAAGAAGAACAACAACCCACCGCUUUCCUUGUACGGCCAGCUGUUGUGGAGGGAGUUCUUCUAUACGACCGCCACCAACAACCCCUGCUUUGACAAGAUGGAGGGAAACCCUAUGUGUGUCCAAAUCCCCUGGGACCGGAACCCUGAGGCACUCGCCAAGUGGGUGGAGGGACAAACAGGCUUUCCCUGGAUAGACGCCAUUAUGACACAGCUGAGGCAGGAGGGGUGGAUCCACCAUUUGGCGAGGCACGCUGUGGCCUGCUUCCUCACCAGGGGAGACCUGUGGCUCAGCUGGGAGGAGGGCAUGAGGGCAUUUGAAGAGCUUCUCAUAGAUGCCGACUGGAGUGUGAAUGCUGGCAGCUGGAUGUGGCUUUCCUGCAGCUCAUUUUUCCAGCAGUUCUUCCACUGCUACUGUCCUGUGGGAUUUGGAAGACGCACAGAUCCCAACGGAGACUUCAUACGGCGUUAUCUGCCCGUGUUGAAAGGCUUUCCAGCCCAAUACAUCUAUGAACCUUGGAAUGCCCCGGAGGAGCUGCAGAAGUCAGUCAAGUGCAUCAUAGGAGUCCACUACCCCAAGCCCAUGGUGAACCACGCCGAGGCCAGCCGCAUCAACAUUGAGCGGAUGAAGCAGAUUUACCAGCAGCUUUCUUGCUACAGAGGACUUGGCCUGCUUGCAACAAUACCUGUCAAUCCACACAACAGCACUAAUCGCAGUAAUGUCGGAAGAGUCAACGCAGGGACCAGCCGAGUUCCAGACAGGCCCAGUGAAAACCUCCCCAUGCUGGGGGAAACAUCUCGAACAGAGAGAUUGCAUGCUGCACAGAAACGGCGCUGUGAAGAUCCUCCACUUGAAAGCAGCUGUAAAAGCUGGAGGCAGAGCAAAUAGUGAGCGAAAAGGGCCGACAUAAAGGAUCCCUCAUCGUGAACAAUCACAUGGAUAUCAUCCUCUCCUGCAGUGCCCUUAGCUGACGUACAGAAGUAACUGAGCAACCACAGAGGAGACAGAAUGGGUGAAGAUCUGACUGGUAGCAUCGGCUAUUUGACGAAAGGACACCCCCAUAGUGCAUGACAUGUGCUGCCAGUGUAAAAUUAUCAUCAGAAGUUGGACUGGACAGUCAGCUGUCAGCAUGUCUUGUUCUACAGAUAAGACAUAUUUCACUGAGGUAGGACUUGAGAGAAGUGUUGAAGAAAAAGAAGCCUGAAAGAGAAGUGUCUGUCAGGCCACCUGUUGUCUUCCACUAUAGUGUGUCAGAGCCACUAAUCAUUAUCAUGAAUGCCCUGUUUUCCUCUGCAACACCCCACAUCAGUCAGGUAAGCAAAUCCUCAAGAUAAAACUGUGUAAUCAGGGAGCAAAACGCCGUCCUUCCAUCAGUAAUUCACUCAGGUGACUGCUCCGGCCCUUGGUUCUCAUUGAUCACACGAUCAGGAGUGCUGGAGGAAUUGUGACUAACAGCUGACACCUUCGCUCACUGUUAUGACACACAAAUACGACCCGGAUAAAACACAGUCGUCUCUUUCCUUUUUAAAAAGAAGCCCCUAAAUGUUUCACAUCAAGUAUAUUCACUCUGUCAUGAAUGUCAAUAAUGUGAAUUUUUUAUUUUUCAAAAAACGUUUAGGACACAAAGAUCUGAUGUAAAGAGUAUUAGAAGCAAGACUGUCAGGUUUGGCAAUAAAUCAGGCCUUACAAAAAGCAUAAAGGUUUGUAAAUAUUUAUCGUUUUUGAUUUCCAACUUUUGUACGUCUGGUCACGGGGCCUCUCAGCUCCUUUUGUAAUGAAUAUCUUACCAAAACUCGAGAGCUCAACUGUGAAUGCUUGUGCUUUUGUCUCCCAUGUGAUCGUAAAUCUUAUUAUUUUUGUACAAAGAAUGACCAAAUGCUAACUGUAUUAAAAUAAAAUAAAAUAUAAAACUACUUCUUAA